CUGCCCCGUCAUUCGAAGGACGGACCCUAGAAGUCGGUGACACCUGUGGUGCGAUCGCGAAGAUCCAGCUGACAUUAGCAAACCCGCAUAAGCAGAGCGCCUCCUUAGGUACCGAACAAGCUCCUCGGCACCAGUCGCCAUGUCUGCCAUGAAGCACAGCUACACAUACGACGACUACAAAGAAACUGCAAACUGGCUCUUGACUCGCAUCGAGCGGCGCCCCACUGUGGCCAUCAUCUGUGGCUCAGGCCUGGGUGGCCUGGCUGACCUUCUGGAGAAGAAGAAGACGUUCCCUUAUGAGGAGAUCCCCAACUUCCCCAGGAGCACUGUGCAGGGUCACGCUGGCCAGCUGGUCUUCGGGGAGCUGAAUGGGAAACAGUGCAUUUGCAUGAAGGGCCGCUUUCAUUUCUAUGAGGGUUAUAGUGUCGCCCAGCUGACAUACCCCGUGAGGGUCUUCCGCCUUCUGGGUGUGGAGACUCUGAUCGUCACCAAUGCUGCCGGAGGGCUCAACCCCGAAUUCCAUGUCGGUGACAUCAUGGUGAUAAAGGAUCACAUCAACAUGCUGGGAUUCGCGGGCCAGAACCCGCUGUGCGGCCCCAACGACGAGAGGUUUGGAGUCCGCUUCCCCAGCAUGUCCGAUGCCUAUGACCGUGACUUGUGGCGUCUGGCCCGGGACGCGGCCCGUGAGCAGGGCUGCUCCUCUUUCCUCCAGCAGGGGGUGUACUGCGUGCUGGCGGGCCCAUGCUUUGAGACCAUCGCUGAGUGCAGACUGCUGCAGAAGCUGGGGGCUGAUGCUGUGGGGAUGAGCACUGUUCCAGAGGUUCUUGUGGCCCGGCACUGCGGACUGAAAGUCUUGGGCCUCUCCUUGAUCACCAACAUGGCAGUGAUGGAUUACUGCAGCAGCAAGUGUGCCAAUCAUGAGGAGGUGCUGGACACCACACAUAUGAGGACCCAGGACCUGCAGAAGCUGGUCAGCAGCUUAAUUGUCAAGCUGUAGGUGGUGUGUAAGACCAUGCUGUUGACCAGUGUGUGAUGUCUACAUUUCCUCUAUCAAUUCAUCCAAAAAAACUAAUUAUACUAAUUCUACAUGGCAACUCUAUGGCCAAUCGUCAUAGAUAAAGUUUUUUGCAGAUUGGAAAAAUAUGUGAGUUUCUAUAUCAUUCGUGUACUACUGUGUGAACUUUCCAGAAUGGAACCAAUAUUGAAAUUAUUCCAGCUAAAAAUGGGGAGGUUUGGUCUUCUUGAUUGUGGAUCAGAUGCUAGAAUUAGUUUGUGGAAAAAUGCACAAAAUGUAGCUGUGGAAUCCUGUCUUGGACAUACAUCACCAGCGGUGGCUGACUGGACGCUACGCAGAUACAAAGAGAAGUGUUUCAGCAUCCUCUGCCCCUCAGGACAACACGUUGGUGCUGUUGAAGACAGUACAGACAGCGACUGUGCUUUACUGUACAUGCCGCACUGCGCUUUGACAGAAAUGCAGUUUGGAUUCUUUGUAAGUACAGGGGAUUAAAUUAAUGUAAUAUGACACUACUACAUCUUACACUGCAUGUAUAUUUUCUGUUCAUUUGCAAAAGUUAUUAAACAUAUAAAUUUGGCCCAUUCACCACCAAGACCAAACUGUAA